AUGGCGGCACCUCUUCACAAUCAUAAUGGGCCAGGUCUGGGCUACAGCGACCUUGAAGCGGUCCAACCGGGCCUAGAAGUCUACCCAUCUGGCCCGGGGGUUCCUCCCCAUGGUUACGACGGAAACCACAAGCAAGUCCUAUGGGCCGAGACGGACCCUGCCAGUCAUCCCAUCGCACACGACCUGCACAACAGUGGAAAGAUUGUCUAUUCACCCCCGCUCGGGGAUGGCGACAAGAUUGCCUUUUCACACAUGCCGGAGGAUGGCGAAGGAUUGCAGCCUGUGCCCCCGGUUCCUCCACCGCCGCCGCCGCCGACGAUAUGUGGCAUCCGUCGCAAGGUCUUCUGGAUUCUGGUGGGAGCAGCUGCCUUGAUCAUCAUCGCCGCUGCGGUAGGGGGCGGAGUCGGAGGAUCCAUUGCUAGUCGUUCAGCAGCUCAAGCCGCCACAGGCUCAAACAGCGCCGGCGACUCGGAGAAUACGGGCAAUUCCACAAGCCCGGGCAACUCUACAAACCCGGGGAAUUCUACAAAUCCGGGGAACUCUACAGUCUCUAAUCCAGCUCCCUUCCAAAAUCUGAGCAUCGCUGCUCUCUACUACAUGGACACCAGAGAUGUUAACCAAUACCGGGUCUACACUCAGUGGAAGGAGUGGAACGGAACACAGAUAGUCGAGUCUGCUUGGAACUCCGACGGCCAACUCUGGAAGGUCGAGCCCGUCACCAAAGCAGGCGUGGACGCAAUCAAACAAGGGACGCCCAUCGCCGCGAUGACCGGAUAUCCCCAUACAAACACAAGCUUGGACCUGGUGAAAAACGUCUACUACCUCCAGCCCGCCGGUCAACUCAUCGUUCGGCAAUCCCCGACUGGCGUAGAGCAAUCGGUCUGGGGCGAAGAUUACUCCGAGAUGGGUUUCUACGGCUUGUCCGACGACGGAACGCUCUUUUCAUACUGGUAUCAGGACCUGGGCACGCGUGACUUGAUCAUCGCAGUCUUUUACCAGGAAUUUGGCGAGAACUCACUCGCGAUAGCGAAAUAUGUCGAUAAAGGCGACUCCGACCCGGUACCGUGGGAGAAGACCAGUCACAGCAUAGCAAUUCAAAACGGUUCGCCAAUUGUAGCCGCGCCUGCAGGGCUCGGAACGGAGAUGAUUCUGUACAUUGGCGGAACGGACGGAAAGCUGAAGCAGUUGCAAUACAAUCUUAACUCAAGCUCAUUGGGAGACCCCUUCAACACUGGCAUUGACCUCUCCCCGAAAACCCCUCUGUGCGUGACGGUGGAAGACAACCGCAAGCUGUUUCCCCAAAACGCGAUACCGGAGUGCGCAAGGAAUAGAGACAACUUCAUGACGCACAAUCUGCUCUUCGCCACUGCCGACCGCCGGAACCUGACGCUGUAUUCGUGGAAUUGCUCGAGCGGGUUUGUAAACCAGGAUAGCCGUAUCGCCAACCUGCUCAAGCCGAACCGGACCUACCUGGGCCUUGCCUCAACCGACGUGGGCCGCUUGCCCUUGGACAAUCAGAGGGUAUACGUGAUGUUUGACCAAGGUGCCGGCCCGCAGGUGGAGGAAUGGGAAUUUCCGUCCUGGAAACUCCUCGGGGAGGUCCCCAUCAAUCUGUCAUGA